UGCAUUGGAAUGUGUCAGAAUGGAUGCCACAUGGGAAUAGGAACGCAGAUCCUAGUAUACUUUUCGACCUAUCUUAUCAACAACCGUCAGACGAAGGGUUUGCAUGACCGUCACUCUAGCGGCGUGCUUCAACGUGGCGAUGGCAGCCACUACUGUACUGAAGACUGGCGCUUUAGAUCCAUAUAUCAGAUCGUCACAGACAGGCUCGCAAGGACCACAACAGCGACCUGUGACACGGAGGACCGCCAAUACUGUGGUGAAACACACCAGGGCGUUAUUAGCCACCAGUCGAGGGAAUGGGAUUCAAUGCUCUUAGUGAAUAACGUAAAGCAAUGCUAGACGGUAGCUGGAUAUCAUUCUUAGUUAUGGUAUUUCGACAAACUGGUUACGGUGAAGUAUUCCAUGGCUAUUCCCAG